GAAAGUGCAGUUUUCCGAGUUUGGCUGUCCCGGGAAAGUGGCAAAAGAACUUCCAUCGGACGCUUUUUUUUUUGAAUUUUGAAUGAUAGUAUUUUGCACGUUGGAAAAUUUACCAGAGAUUGUGGCUUCGCGUCUACAGACCGUCGAUCGGCGUGUGAAAGAUGGUGGACCGCUUGGCGAACAGUGAGGCCAACUCUAAGCGCAUCGGAGUCGUGGAAGCAUGCUUUGGCACAGCAGGUCAACCUCUGGCCAUCCCAGGUCGAGUGCUGAUCGGAGAGGGCGUUCUCACAAAGCUGUGCCGCAAAAGGCCCAAAGCCCGGCAGUUCUUCCUCUUCAAUGACAUCCUGGUUUACGGCAACAUUGUCAUCCAGAAGAAGAAGUACAAUAAGCAGCACAUCAUCCCUCUGGAGAGCGUCACCAUAGACACGGUAGAGGACGAGGGCGACCUGCGCAACGGCUGGCUCAUUAAAACACCCACCAAAUCCUUCGCCGUCUACGCUGCCACAGCUACGGAGAAGUCUGAGUGGAUGAGCCACAUCAGCAAGUGCGUCUCGGACCUACUGGAAAAAAGCGGGAAAUCUCCCACCGGUGAGCACGCGGCCGUCUGGGUGCCCGACUCUGAGGCGACCGUGUGCAUGCGCUGCCAGAAGAUAAAAUUCAACCCCGUCAACCGCCGCCACCACUGCCGGAAAUGCGGCUUUGUCGUGUGCGGCCCUUGUUCAGAGAAGAAGUUCCUGCUACCCAGUCAGUCGUCCAAACCGGUGCGGGUGUGCGAGUUCUGUUACAAGCAGCUCUCCACGGGCGGCACCCUCCCGGCCCGCUCAGACUCCUACAGCCGUUCAGAGUUUUCCAGCAACAAUAUCUCAGACGAUGACGACGAUGAUGACAGCAGUGACUGAGGGUCACUUUUAGGAAUAUUGACCACAAACAGAUCAUAUCCCAUAAUUUUUGUCUAAUUUUCAUUCAGGUUUGCAAAGGUUCCUGUGGCAAUAACACCUUCCCAAAACGAUUAAAGGCCCCUGUGCAUAUGAACAAAAGGUUUGAUGGGAAUUGUUCCUGUGUGUUAAUGAACACUACUUGUCGGCUUGCUCUACUUUCACAUUAAAGUCUCUCUCAUAAUACAUCUUAACCUCUUUCAUAUAAAUGCAUUUCUUGGCAAUGGUGCUCUUUCAUCUUCUUUUUUCCCCUUUUCCUUUUAGCUACCGUAUUCUUACUGAGCAAUGCUGCUAUCCGCUGGAGGAAGAGAUUGUUGGGUAAUGUGAUUUCGGGCUGUUCCUAGGCAAACACUCCCUCAGGUGAAACCGUGUGGUGCAUUAUAACUAGGUUUUAAAUAAGGAACUGCAUUUAGUGCUUUGAACAACCAACCACUAACAAACCGUGAAAGUGUGCGUUCAGGUGAAGGUCUUCUGUUUCUCACUUUGCUCAGUUUCUAGUAAUUGCAAAUGACAUAUCAGAUAGAUGCUACUAAGCUUGUAAAUGCGUGUAUAUAAUGCUGUGGUGUAGGUAGUCUGUUGGAAAUUUUAUCUGACAAGGUCGUCACUGCCUUAGUGCCUUCUUAUUUAUCCUCAGGAUCCUCGAAAUGAGAAACUAUUUAUGACUUGGGCUGAUUUCUUCACUUUGAGACACCUGCCUUCAUUUGAUGGCACAUCACAUGACGUAUUCUGUUUAGAGGUGCACAGGUACCAUUCAGUGAGCAUUUUUAAUCAUGUGACUGAAGUUAUGAUCAAAACUAGACCCACAGUUUCAGUUGAGGACAGUCAAUUAUAUUCUCUCAGUCCGAAUAGCUUUUGGACAUUCCCAUGAAUCCAGCUGAAGUAUUUUCUGACAUCUUGUGUCUGUAGUCCACAUGCCCUAAACUAUGUUGGCAUAUCUCUCCAGCCCUGAUUUCAACUCUAUACAUACAUACACACAAGCAUGCAGCCCACAGGAAUUGCAUGUCACUAAGGCGAAGGACGCACUAUCCUGUUGGCCCGCCCUCUCUCAUUGGGGUCUUUUUGUUAGAGAAGUCACAUGUCAGGCCUUGACAGUCAAUGAACGGGAAUAGAAAGCAUUAUGAGGAAGCGACUGUCACACAGCCACCUUGUUUCCAAAGAAGCUGCUAAGCGGGUAAUUCGAAAAGUUUUUUUUUUUACUUCUACACAAGUCAAGCUGGUGGAAGAAUCACAGCUAUACUGCUUGAGAACUGUACUGUCUCAGUACUGAAUACUUGAUCACCUGUGAAGAUGGCAUAUUUUGUUUGUGUCAGAAUAACAAAACUGACAUUGAAAAGGGAUAUUUAAUUAACCUAACUCUGGCUAAAGAGCCCACUCAUACUGUUUAGUUCAUUUGCAUUGACAGAUACACUUAAGUCAAAAGUAUUUUUUUGCUUUUACACAUUUAUGGGAGACUUAUUUGAGAUUUAAAAAUAGGUUUACAGUGAUUGACUCAAGGUAAUUAUCUAAUCUUGCUUUUAGAACCUAAUGUUAGAUUCCAGGAUAGUUAUAUUUGGCAUAAUGUUUGAUUUAAUGAAUUGUUUUAAUUGUUCCAAAUCUAACCUGAGAUGAUUUGUUAUGAUUUUACUUAUAUGUUGUAAUAUUCUGAGAUGACUGUUUAGAAUUUCCAUGUUGUAAACUUUUGUACAGUUAUUUUUUUUUUUUGAUUAUUUACUCUUUAGGUGGGCUUGCUGCGUUUUUUUUUUUUCUUCUUCAUAGCGUUUUCGUGUGGUUCAUGUGUGCGUUUCCUGAACACCUCUGGAUCAGCUACCAGCACUUUACUCUCUCUGCAAACCACAAGAGAGGGGCGGGGCCUGGUUGGGGGGAGGGGCUUUGGUAGGAUGCGGGUGGGGACUACAUGUCUUUUCAAAUCUGGCCUGCAAAUACAAGAGAAUAGAUCUGAGUAGAGGAUAAACUGGCAUUUACUUUCCAUUUGUUAUCUUUUGUGAUUUCUUGAACAUGUAAUUUCUGAUUCUCUUGUUCUUGGAUGGAUUUUGGGAGAUUUUCUGUUUCUUGUACAUUUUUUUUUUGCCAUUUUUAAUUCUCAUUAAAAAUUCUUAAAGGGCUGAAAACUGAAUGUAAUCCAUCAUAUCAUCAUUAUUAGAUACUAAUUUUGAGGAAAAUAUAUAUAUUGCUUAAA